AUGUCUCCCAAGGUGGCACUAGUUACUGGUGGGAAUGGGAUCAGUGGAAAUGCCAUUGUAGAGCACCUCAUUCGACAGCCUGAAAGCCAGUGGUCGAAAAUCAUCGUCACCUCGAAUUCGCCGCUCAAAGCGCAAUGGCAAGACUAUCGCGUCAAAUUCAUCGCUAUAAAUUAUCUCGAACCACUAGAGAAAAUCAUUGAAAGAAUCAGGCUACACUGUGCGGAUGUCACACAUGCUUAUUUUUGCUCCUAUAUCCACAACGCUGAUAAUGAUUUCGAUAAUCUUUGGCAAAUGAAUGUACCACUCUUCAAAAACUUCCUAAUCUCAAUUGACACUGUCGCUACGAACACGUUGCAACGCGUAUGUCUGCAGACAGGAGGCAAGCACUAUGGGGUGCAUCAAGGCGCAAUGUUUGCACCUAUCUCCGAAGAACAUACGCCGCGCUGGGAAGACGGGGCAAAUUUCUAUCAUCCGCAAGAAGACCUCCUCUUCGAUUUACAGAAGCAGCGAAAAUGGGGCUGGAACGUCAUUCGACCCCAAGCAAUCAUCGGCUACACUCCAGGAGCCUCAGGGAUGACAGCAGCUCUCAAGUUAGUGCAGUACCUCAUUAUCUGUCGGGAAAAUGGAUCGGCACCCAGAUUUCCUGGCAACGAGAUGUUCUACAAUUUUGUCGACGACUUUUCGUACGCGCCGAGUAUUGCAGACAUGACCAUAUGGGCAACAACGCAAGAGCACACUAAAAACGAGGCUUUCAAUCACGCAAACGGAGAUGUCAUUUGCUGGAAAUACUUCUACCCACGCAUUGCGAAAUACCUUGGAGUGACAGUUCCUGAUGACCUUCAAUUUACUUCCAAAGGCACCUGGGGAGGAAGAUCGCUGGAGUUUAAGAUGCUUGAGUGGGCAGCCGGCAAGAAACCAGUCUGGGAUUCAAUAUGUCAAAAAUACGGUGGCAAGCCGGAAUCAUUCGACUGGGGAGCGUGGGCGUACUUUGACUGGGCGAGCUCGCGCAACUGGCUCACGCUCAUGUCAUUGUCGAAAGCAAGGAAGAUGGGGUGGUUGAGAUACGAUGACUCAUACGACACUUGGGUCAAAACAAUUAGGGCUUUCGAAAAUGCUGGUGUGCUUCCGGACCACACCCUUUGGGAAACCCCGCAGCCUAAUGGAUUUAGUCAUUGA